UAGCAAAUUGAUCCUUCUGACAGGUUCCUCUGCAUCUUUUCUUGGUUAUUCUCCUGCCUAAAUGUUUAUUAAAAACCCAACGUGUUCAGUCACUGGCUGUUUGUUCGCAGUCGUGGGCUCUUCUGGAUGACCCACAGGGCUCAUGUGAUCUCUAAUGAACCGGAUCCAGUGGAACCAAUUCAUGGCUGGUCUUGGGGACGGAUCAGGAGUUUGAUAAUAAGUCGGCUAAUUCCGCCCAUCAUCGGGACUCGCCUCCUCUGCGCCACAUGAGCAAUGGGAGGAAUCUACAAAUGGGACAAGGAGCGAGGAGUUUUAACAAGUUUCUUAGAUGAGUUGCGCCUCAUCUCCAUCAAGCUGAUUAUACCAGAGGAGGAAUUAUUCAUGACAUAAAUGGCGGAGGAGCUGUUAAAGGAAAACGCUGCGAAAAUCAGCGGGCAUCUCACGUGGUCACUGCUGGCGGUGGCUUUCCUGGCCUCGUUCGGCAGCUCGAUGCUCUACGGCUUCAACUUGGCCGUCGUCAACUCACCUGCAGAGUACAUCAAAGCCUUCUACAACGAGACGCUAACUGAGCGCCAUCACUGGACUCCAGAUGAGCAUUUCUUGACGAUCUUGUACUCCCUCACCGUGUCCAUCUUUGCCAUCGGUGGGAUGAUCGGUGCGCUGCUGGUGGGCAGACUUGUCACUAAAUAUGGAAGAAAAGGGACGCUGGUGAGGUCUACCACGCUGGUGUUUAUUGGGGGCUCUUUGAUGGGCUUCAGCCGAUGGUUCAGGAACCCCUUCAUGGUCAUAGCAGGACGCUUCAUCACCGGAGUUCAUUCAGGGAUCUCGCUGAGCGUGGUGCCAAUGUACCUCGGAGAGAUCGCCCCCAAGAACCUCCGCGGGUUUCUGGGCCUUGUUCCCAGUAUCCACAUCUGUCUUGGAGUAUUCAUUGCUCAGGUCCUAGGGCUUUCUGAACUACUAGGAAAGGAAGAACACUGGCCGCUGCUCCUCUCCCUCGUGUUGUUUCCUACUUUGGUCCAGCUGAUGCUGUUGCCAUGGUUCCCAGAGAGUCCACGGUACCUGCUGAUCGAGAAGGGAAACGUCCAUGCCACCGUAACAGCCCUCAAGUGUUUCCGUAAGAAAGGAAAUAUCCAGGCCGAGGUUGAGGAGAUGCAGGAGGAGCAAAGGUCGCUCUCCUCCAUCAAGACCCUCUCUGUGCGGCGUCUGCUCAUGGACCGCUCCGUCCGGUGGCAGGUCGUUACCAUUGUGGUGGUCAACAUCGGCAUGCAGCUGUCUGGGAUUGAUGCGAUCUGGUUCUACACAAAUGAAAUCUUCAGGAAUGCAGGAAUUCCAGAACCUCACAUUCAGUAUACAACAGUGGGAACGGGAGCCAUAGAGGUCAUUGCUGGGAUGCUGGGGUGCUUCACCAUCGAGCGAGUGGGCAGAAGGCCUCUGAUUAUCGGUGGGUUCCUCUUCAUGGGCCUCUGCUGCGCAGGAAUCGCAGUGUCAGUCCUCCUCCAGGCGCAGUUUCCCUUCAUGAGCUACAUCAGUGUGGGCUGCGUUGUAGGGAUCAUCGCCGGCUUCUGCAUCGGUCCAGCUGGCGUGCCUUUCCUGAUCACAGCAGAGCUCUUCAAACAGUCUCACCGACCGUCUGCCUAUACCGUGGCAGGCUGCCUCAACUGGUUGUCCAACUUCACAAUCGGCUUCGUCUUUCCCUUCCUAGAGGACGCUACAGGUCCCUACUGUUACCUGAUCUUCUGUGCGAUCUGCUGGGGAGUGGCUGUGUACACCAUACUCAUCAUUCCCGAGACCAAGAACAAAACCUUCCUGGAGAUCAGCCAGAUGUUUGCUACCAAAAACAGCAUCCAGAAGGAAGAGCCGACUCCAAACAGCCAUCUGAAACUGGCACUGAUGAACGGCUAUGGAUCACUCGGGCUCCACGAUGAAAAGUGAAAUCCUGGAAAAAGAGGAGCACAAGCUAUGGGAUGAACCUGUGCAAAGAUCGAACUGCGCCUUUGAGAUUCACUGCUUUACUUGAACAAGGUUGAUGGACAUAAACGUGCACACAAAGUAAAAUAAAACACGGGCUUCUUUGAAAUGUUGUUUAUUGUUACAUGCGACAAUUCCUCAGUUGGUGUCCAUGAUGUGGGGUAGAGCUUAUACAGUCAUGUGCUUCAGUUCAACCAUUAGUCACAUUUGGAUCAAUUUCCUGCAGUCUGAAGGCUCUUGUGUUGCAACUAUGGGGACUUUGCGGCGUUCUCUCAGAUGUUUUCUGUGUCAAUUGGAUUCUGUUGAUCACACGAUAGCUCUGUUGUUACAGUUAGUGUUGUUUGACCUUUUGUUAACCAAAGAGACUUGUUGUUUUUUACCAGUAGACAGGCAAUAAUGGUAAACCUUAAGUUUUUUUUAACCCAAAGGAAAGUAAAACUGCAGUGCCUUGAAAAGGUUUAUAUUUCCCUCCAACUUUUUCACGUUUUUCCGGGUUAUAAAUACAAUUUUUAAUUGCCAUUUUCUGUGCCAGACCAACAUAAAGUAGUUCACCGUUGAUAGGUGGAAGGGAAAUAAUACAUAAUCAAAUCUAUGUACCAAUAAAAACGUGAAAGGCGGACUGUGCAUUUAUAUUUUAUCCCCUGAGUCAAUACUACAAAACCAACUUUUGCUUUUUAUUUCUUCAAGUCUGUUUGUGUAAAUGUCUACCAGGUUUGCACAUCUAGAAACUGAACUGUUUGCCUAUGCAUCUUUGACAAAAUGGCUAAAGCUCAGUCAAACUGGAUGGAGAACGUCUGAGAAAAGAAAUAUUCCAAUCUUGCCACAGAUUCUCAUUUGACUUAUUUGAAAGAUUAUACCACAUGAUAAAGCUUUGAUCUAAGUCGCAGCAUCACAUGUUUGGUGUCUUUGUCCUGCUGGAUCCCAGUCUUCUUUCUUUUGCAGCCUCAAAACGUUUUGUUUUUUUUCCCCUCCAGGACAGCACCGUAUUUAGCUCCAUCAAUCUUUCCAUCAAGUCUGACCAGCUUCCCUCUCCCUGCAGCAGAAAAGCAUUCCCUCAGCAUGACGUUGCCACCACCAUGUUUCAUUAUGGUGGAGAUGGUGUGUUAAUGGUGAAAUUGUGUUUUGCAUGCAGGUCAAAAAGCUCAGAUUUAGUGUGAUUUGACCAGACGCCUUCUUCCACAUGUUUGCUGUGUACCCAACAUGGCUUGUAGCAAAACUACAAAUGGGACUUCGCAAUGCUUUCUUUGAACAAUAACUUCCUUCUUGCCACUUUUACUUUCAAGGCCAGAUUUGUGGAGUGCAAGACUAAUAGCCAUUAUGUCAACAGAUUAUUGUGCCACCUGAAAAAUGGUGAAAAACAUUGAGAAGGAAUCAUUUUCCUUCCGCUUUACUCUUCUGACCUACUUUGUGUUAAACCAAGGCUCAAAAUCUCUAUCACAUGUAUGAAAUUUUGUGGCUGUAACCUGAGAAAAUAUGAUAAUGUUUUACAGAAAUUAAGAAUUUUUCAAGGCACUUUAUUACUCUGACUAAAGUGUGGCUCAGUUAAUAUAAACAUAAAGAAAUCCAGGAAAAUUAUUUACUUUUGCUGCAUUCUGUUUAAAUCCACCUUACAGUUUAUUUGAAGGUGACCUCAUGUUUUUUACUGAAAAAGAAGUGGAGCUUGUUAAGUUAUCCAUUGUUUUCUUGUUAAAAUGACAUUUUAAAAUACCACAUUUGA